AUGCAAAACGUUAAAGACGCUGCUCAUGCUAUUGCAGACAAAGUCAAAGAAGUAACAAGUGGUACUUCACAUGAAACAAAUAAGGAAGCAGCUAAAACUAAUAUCCCGUCAACAGUUGAAGAGAAAAAUAAUGAAACUAAGAAAGAAACUGAUGAAGAACGUGGUGUAAUUGAUCACAUUGGUGAUACUAUAUCCAAUGCAUAUCAUUAUGUUGCUGAGAAAGUUCAUGAGGCGGCAAGUGUUGUAUCAUUUGAAACUAAUAAAGAAAAAGCCAAAGAUUCGGAUAAUACAGUUGGUGAACGUGUUGGAGCUGGUUGUUCGGCUGUUGCUAAUAAGACUGAAGAAAAAGUUCAUCAAGCAAAAGCUGAAGGACAUAAAGGAGCAAUUUAG